UUCUGACUUCUUGCAUUGUCGUAAAAAUAGAUCAUCAAGAAAUUUCAAUGUCCUCUUUGUCAUUGCCCAAAAGUACUCUCAGGUGUACGUGUACUCGUUGGUUGUAGAAGUGUGUGGGAGCGGGUAUUCCUUCCACUGUGAACCAACAGGUGAUCAGCAAGUUGUCGUCCCGCUAGAUCAGGCCUUUCAUUUUUUUCUCUUUGAAGGAGUAGGCAGAUGCUGACGAUAAUAUGAAUAUAGGAAAGAAAAAGAAGGCGUUCAUUGGGGCCUCGGCUCCGCUAGGAUAUGUUCCCGGUCUUGGAAGAGGAGCUCAUGGCUUCACGACGCGUUCCGACAUCGGACCGGCUCGCCAGGCGUCGGACGUGACGGACGAGAGACACGCGCGGCCCGGCCGCCGUACGUUCGGACAGCAGGCGGCGGCAGAGGCAGCCAAACAGGGCCGUGGCGGCACCGGCGAUGAGCCCGAAGAGGAGGACUUGAACGAUACGAACUACGACGAGUUCAACGGUUACGGAGGCUCGCUGUUCUCCAGCGGACCGUACGACCAAGAAGAUGAAGAAGCUGACAAGGUGUACGAUGAGAUUGAUGUUCAUAUGGACCAGCGGCGAAAGACCAGAAGAGAGGACCGCAUCCGAGAAGAGAUGGAGAAGUUCCGUCAGGAGCGGCCCAAGAUCUCGCAGCAGUUCAGCGACUUGAAGCGCGGCCUCGGCGAAGUGUCCAAGGAGCAGUGGGAGAGUCUGCCCGAGACCGGCAGCAUUCGGCAGAAGCGCACCAAGACGACCAGCACGCGCCCGGACCGCUACACGCCCAUCCCGGACAGCGUGAUUGAGCGCAGUGCCAGCAUCGGCGGUGUCACGGCAUCGCUAGAUGCUAAACAACAGAAAUUCGGCGGCUUCACCACACCGUUCCCGGGCACCAUGUCGGUGCUGAACAGUGGGUUCACGACGCCAGGCGGCUCUCGAUCAACUAUUGAUCUCCAGCAGAUGGGUGACGCCCGUAACAGUAUGUUGGGGGUGAAACUCGAUCAGGUUUCUGAUUCGGUCAGCGGCCAGACGGUGGUUGAUCCCAAGGGUUACCUGACAGAUCUUAACAGCAUGGUACCCAACUCUGGUGCCGACAUUGAAGACGUAAAGAAAGCUCGCCUGCUCCUCAAGUCUGUCACCUCCUCCAACCCGAAGCAUGGUCCAGGCUGGAUUGCUGCUGCUCGUCUUGAGGAAGUCACCGGUGCCAUGCAGAGCGCCAGGACUAUGAUCCUGCACGGCACGGAGUCCUGUACCAAGGUCGAGGAUGUCUGGAUGGAGGCAAUUCGCUUGAUGCAACCCGACCAGAAGAAGUCCGUGGCGGCCAAUGGGCUGAGACACCUGCCGAACUCCGUCAAGCUCUGGGUGAAGGCCACCGAGCUGGAAGACGAGAAACCGGCCAAGCGGCGUGUGCUGAAGAAAGCUCUGGAGCAGAUUCCCAACUCCGUUCGUCUGUGGAAGUCGCUGGUGGAGCUGCACGACCCCGAGGAGGCUCGCUUGCUUCUUGGCCGCGCUACUGAGUGUUGUCCUACUAGUACAGAGCUGUGGCUGGCACUGGCGCGACUCGAGACCUACGACAAUGCAAGGAAGGUGCUGAACAAAGCACGUGAGAAUAUCCCGACCGACCGGCAGAUCUGGGUUACUGCUGCUCAGCUUGAGGAAGCCAAUGACAACAUACCCAUGGUACUGAAGAUUGUAGAGCGUGCCGUGACGUCACUCACCAAUAACAUGGUGGAAAUCAACCGAGACCAUUGGAUCGAGGAUGCCGAGAAGUGCGAGAAGGCCAGCAGCAUUGGUACCGCCCAGGCCAUUAUCCAAACCAUUAUUGGCCACAAUGUUGAAGAGGAGGAUCGCAAGCAUACGUGGAUGGAGGAUGCCGAGAGUUGUGUAGCACAUGGCGCAUACGACUGUGCCCGCGCCGUGUUUGCACACGCACUCGGCGUCUACCCCAGCAAGAAGAGCAUCUGGUUGAGAGCGGCGCACUUUGAGAAGAGCCACGGAAGCAGGGAGAGCCUGGAGACGCUGUUGCAGAAGGCUGUGACGUACUGUCCGAAAGUGGAGGUACUCUGGCUCAUGGGCGCCAAGUCAAAAUGGCUGGCGGGCGACGUGCCCGCCGCUCGGUCAAUCCUGGCGCUGGCCUUUCAAGCCAACCCGAACAGCGAGGACAUCUGGCUGGCCGCCGUCAAGCUGGAGUCUGAGAACAACGAGGACGAGCGUGCCAGGCGCUUGCUGCAGAAGGCCCGUGAGCAGGCCGGCACAGCGCGUGUGUGGAUGAAGUCCGUCAAGCUCGAGUGGGUGCUAGGAAACAUCAGUGGUGCUGUGCAAAUGGUUGAGAAGGCUCUCACACUCUAUCCGGAUGCGCCAAAGCUUUGGAUGAUGCAAGCACAAUUAGCGCUGACGCUUGGUGGUGUCGAGAAGGCACGGGAGUAUUACAGUCUUGCAGUGAAGAAAUGCUACAAUUCGGUACCUCUGUGGCUGCAGCUGUCCGCUCUCGAAGAACAGUGUGGAAACUUGACCAAGGCUAGAUCUGUACUGGAGAGAGGUCUGUUGCGUAAUCCGCGUACUCCAGAGCUUUGGCUGCAGUCAGUCCGCAUCGAAGAGCGUUCCGGCAAUAGCAGCGUUGCCAAGACAAACAUGGCCAAGGCCCUGCAGGACUGCCCCAGCGCUGGCACACUCUGGGCGCACGCAAUCUUCAUGGAGUCGCGCAAGCAGCGCAAGACGAAGAGCGUGGACGCCCUGAAGGCUUGCGAACACGAUUCUCACGUACUCCUCACCGUUGCAAAAAUGAUGUGGGCAGAGCGUAUUACAAGCAAAGCAAGAGACUGGUUUGGCAGGACGGUGAAGAUCGACCCGGAUCUAGGCGAUGCCUGGGCGUAUUACUACAAGUUCGAACUGAAACAUGGCACAGAGGAGCAACAACAAGCAGUGCUGAAGAAAGCAGUUAUCGCCGAGCCGCAUCAUGGUGAGGAGUGGUGCAAAGUAUCCAAGACAAUCGCCAACUGGCGUAAGAAGACCGAGGAGAUCCUGCGGCAGCUGGCCGCCUCGCUACCAGAGCCCUUGUAAAGCUGGGCGAGUACACGCUCGUGAUUGGUGUGGGUCGUACUGAACAAUGUCAAGUCACGUAGAGGGGGGUAUCUCACCGUGGUGGGCUGGCUCAGCCUGGUCUACCCUACCCACACGUGCUGCAUGCACUGGUUGUCGCUUACCGCCCGACAGAGAUGAUGACGAGGCUGCCGAAGCUGGCCCCGUGUUGCUCUCUAGCAUCCCACACUGGUACCGCUGCGCAUACACACAGAGAGAAGGCUGGCAUUGUGUUUGAUCUCCUGCUGCUUGAACGUGGUGUGCGAGUAACACAGCUGUCAUGUGAAAGGAGAGCUGUAAACGCUGUAUGCAGCAUGCCGUGCUUGCAAGCAAGCCUGUGAUCCCACGGCAUCUCCUGCACCAGAAUUUGCUGCAGGCUUUUUUUAAGCUUUUGACUUGUCAAGAUCGUAGUUAGUCUUGACUUGUGUUAUCGUGUAUCCAGUGACAGUGGUUGUGCUUUGUCGUGAUUCAAACUUCAAUGAUUACAGCACGUUGGACGUGCUUCUCGUGUGGGCUACAUGCAUUCCCGGCAAUGUUCCGGAGCAGCUGCAGAGAAGUCCCUGGUUGCUAGCUGAUGGCGGGUUACAUGCCUGUUUGUACAUAGUUGUUUAUUUUAUUUUGUAAAUUUGAUGUUCCGUUGCAUGAGUGAUUCUGAAUUCUGUACAGUUGUUUUGACCCCAAACUGAGCAAAAACGGCCAUCGGUGGGUGCAUUUUGCCAGGUUUUUGAAGAGUGCCCGGUUUUCCUGGCGUGUGCUUUCUGCUGUGCCGUUGCCGUUUGCUCUCUCUUUUCCCACCUUCUUCGCCGUGUAAAUAGCCGCUGAUUUUUCCUGCUGUGCUUGUAUCAUGAAUGGUAUGCGGUAUGCCUUGUAUGUCGAGGGUUCUUUUCUUUUCUGGUGUUAGAAUAAUAAUUUAUUAUUCUUUCCAAACAUAGUCAUCCUACUGCGCUUGUUACAUCUUUGCCAUGCAUUUAAUUCCGGAUGGGGUGGCCAUUCUCAGCUGGG